GCUCGAUGAAGAUCAACUCCCGAACAGCUUGGAGAGCUGCGAUUGACUCUAGAUCUACGUUGUAGAAGAACGUCCAGGAAGUAGCAAGUCAUUUUCCACACAGUGUACACAUCGUUCCGUCUGUUUCGCUACUGUGUCCCCCUGCUCCCAUGAAGGAAGUACCAAUAGAACAAGGGAUACAACAUUCAUAAACCCGCACAGUAUGGGUGGAGGCAGGCAGCAGAAUGGGCGAUCACGUAAACAACGCAAGGAAAAUCGACAGCGCCGGAAGCGCGGCGAGACCGCGUCUGAGGCGGAGUUGCGCGCUUUGUCAGCCUAUCAAAUGUAAAAAUGUCUGGGUCUGGAAGAAUGCAACUUGUGAUGCUGCAUUUGGAUUCCAAAAAAAUCUGUAUUGCAUGAUUACCAACGGGAAUGCAAUUUUUGCUACGCUGAGAAGGCAUUUGUCAUGCGGAAUAGGCAUCAAGAAGCCCUCAAGAAAUCUGUAUUCCUAGGGUAUGCAUCACAGACAUCAUGGCUCAUGCAAAACGUGCAUCACAAGUGUCAGAAUCUUCCAGACCCAGACAUUUUUACAUUUGAUACAGCCUACCUGGGCGACCGCGGCCUGCAGAUGAUCGGACAGGCGGAAGACGUAUCAAGUGUAAAAAUGUCUGCUUCUGGAAGAAUCCAACUUGUCAUGCUAAAUCUGAAUGAUGCAAAAAUCUGUGUUGCGUGAGUACCAAAAGGUGUCCACUUUUGACCAAGUUGAGAUGGAGUUUUUCAUGCAGGAAAGGCAUGAUAGAGACCUCAGAGAAUCUGUCAUGCUAGGUCCUGCAUUCCAGACCUCAUGGGUCAUGGAAAAGCUGCAUGACAAAUCGCGCAUUCUUCCAGACCGAGACAUUUUUACAUUUGAUAAGACGGCAACUGCCUGUUCCGCUCCUUCGCGCAGCACGUUUUCAGAAAUGCCGCAGUGUUCCACGGCGAUUGCAGGAAUUUCUGCUGCGACACGCUCCUCGCCCAUGAGGAAGAGUAUCGGUGGUUCCUCGACGAAGAGACGGUAUCAAAAGGAAAAUUCCCCCUCCCCAUAUCAAAACGGAAAUCUGUGAUGCAGAUUUGUUGUCACAAAUCAGCUCUGUCAUGCUACACGGGAAAAGAUACGGACUGUAGUGCUGGGUGCCGUGGUCAAGCCUUGCAUCUUCAGCAUGAUAGGAGGCAGCUGAGAGCGGGAAACAGCAUGACAAAUUGCCUGCAAACGAGGCCACGACUGCGGCUCUUGGCCUUCUAGCAUGACAAGUCGUUUUGUGACCUCAAAUACAGCAUCACAAAUUUCGUUUUCGAUAUGGGGAGGGGGGAUUUUUCCUUUCGAUAGACGGACGGCAGCUACGCGCACUACGUGGCGAACAUGCGCGAGGAGGGCGUUUGGGCCGGACAGCUCGAGAUUCUGGCUCUGUGUCGGUACUUUGCGGUCGACGUACUCAUUUUUCAGCGCAGUACGGCGGGGGAGACGGCCGCAACCCCGCGGAAAAAUGCUCCUGGAGGCAGCACCGCGGGCAGCAUCUCUGAUGAAUAUUCGUUCACGUUCUACGAGAUCGAGUGCCCAACUCACCACGUCGAGACGCCACACGAAGGGCAGACGCCAGGUGGCAGUACGCCAAAGGAGGUUUUUGUUGAAAACGACGAAGCUGCUGUUCGUUCCGAACAAGAAGAUUCCGAUUUGCACAUCGUUUCUUUCGAAGAGCUCGGGGGCAACGUGGAGUCCGCAGCAAGUGGCGAAGAAGAUGCCACAUCACAAAUACGGGGGGUUACAACUGAAGAAGGACAAACCAAAGAAGCGGUAAAAGUUGGCGAUGCGCGACCUCUCGCAACUGAGAAGAAGGAAACGCUGCAUCAAGCAGCAAAAAAGCGUGCCGCCGCAGCUAGUAGGGCCGCCGAGCUGAGAACGAAGCGGGAGCAGUCGUUGGCGAGUUCAAGAAAAAAAUCUGCGGGGACCUGCGUACUUCUGGCCUACAUAGGGGGGGAGCACUACAAUUUAGUCGUGCCCGCACCAGGACCAGGCGGAGGACAAUCCGGCAGCGGGGCUCAGCUGAACCUCAGCCAGGUCCGCAAGCUACUGAGUGCCGGAGGCGGUAUUUCGCUUUCAAACGGCGCAACUGGAGGAGGCGUAGCGCAGCAGCAGAAUGUUGAAGCAGAGAAUCCGCAUCUUGGGGCUUUCCAGGACUUCCAUACGCAGCUGCAGGACUGCCUUCCGGAAAACCCUCAGAAAGUGGUAACGCUUGCGAAUGAAGCAGAGCUGUGGCGCAUUUUCAAAGACAAGAAUUACAAUGUGGAUGAUGCCAUUGAAGCCGCCCUUGUAGAUUUUCUGGCACAGACAUCAUGAGAAAAACAGCGCCAUGCUGUUUCCUUUUUGCAACAUGUUCAUAUGUACAAAUCUCCAUCGCUUAGUAUGUGCAAAGAUGUAUUCCUAUUUUCAGUUUCAAUUGAGACGCGAGCGCGACAUACCGAAAGUCGUAGUCUCUCUUUGGAUUGACGGCGACAGAAC